AGAGACAUUGAUGGAGUCUGUCAGGUCAUUUAAACCAGCCAGUGAGACGGUUACUGAAGCCAGAGUUUUGCUGGUCGGUCCAGUCGGUGCUGGAAAGUCCAGCUUCAUCAGCUCUGUCCAGUCUGUCUUCUCUGGACGGGUCAUCAACAGAGCCAUGGUGGGCUCUUCAUCUUCCACCAGCUUCACUAAAAAGCUUCGCUCGUACAACAUCAGAGGAGCAGGAGAGAAUGCAAACGAGCCCACAGCUCUGGUUUUGUGUGACGUGAUGGGUGUAGGUGAAGGAGAAAGCACUGGCCUGACUCUUCACGAUGCACUGUCUGUCAUUAAAGGACACGCACCAGAGGGACACCAGGUACAUUUAAGCUAUAUAAUAUGACAUUUAAACUUACAG